UAGAACAAUUAUUAUGCACAUCUACCGCGUCACUGAUGGCGAUGAAAAACAUAUUGGGAAUGUUAAUUUUAAUCUUAAAAGAUACAGUUCGGGUCAACGUUCAAGAAAUUGGUAUCGAGUAGUGGAUAUGGUAUACUAGUGUUGUUUUGUUGUAUUGUAUUAAUUUUUACGCACAUUUUAUCGAAUGAUUGGAAAUGUAAGGGACUGGUCAUAAAGUAACUGCUAGGGUGGACUGGAGGUAAAUCACAAAUUUUGCCAAUAAGUUCGGUGACCCAUCUUAGGAUGUAGACUAAAUUAGGAAAAUACACUUUUAUAAUAAAAAAAGAACUUGCAGGUAUGAACAUUGUAAAUAUACAUGCACGGCACUGUAUUGACAUACAUAAUUCCACCAAGCUUGACAAACACAUUGGUACUGAGCUGCUCUCCAGUUGGUUGUAUUUGCUGUGAUUCGACCAAUUUUUGUUGUUGUAUAAACAAAGUACUGGCUUCAAUAGAAUAGCAUUAUUUGCAUUUGAUAAUUUGGAUAGUUUUGUUUACUUUUACUAUUAGUAUCUUUAUUUUUUGAAGUAGACAUGCAUGUUUUUUUGUUUGGCGCCGCAUCGAAACUGCCCAAAGAUUUUCCAUGGCCCAUCCCAAAUCACUCCAGCCCACCCUAGCAGUUACUUUAUGACCGGUCCCUAAUCGAGCCAAAUAUUGUACAUGUUUUAGAUGUAUUUUUCAAGCCAUGAAAGGGAUGAAGCGAGAGAAUGCAACGAGCACAAACGCGGCGGAACGGGUGGAGGCUAGGGGACAAAGAUCGUCCCCGUCCCCCAAGGAAUAGAAUUGAGGGGGCUAAGUCCCCAGAUUAUUCGACAUCUAGAAUGCAAAAUUAACAAAACGACCUCGUCCCCCAGAACGCAGGAAAUUUGGGAAACGCGAGAUUCCAACAUUUGCCCGGGGAGCAUGUCCCCCUGAGCCCCUAGAGUUUGUCUGGCCCUCCCCCAACGAAACCAGUCUUCCAUUAUCUAUCGACGAACAAGUAAGAUUUUUUUAACCUGAAGCGAAGUUUGCAUUAGGACCUCUUGCUUUAUACUGUACGUAUCUUUAUUACUGAUUUUGCAAAAAUAAAAGCAAGCUAAAAAAAGUGCAAAUAGGUUGCCAUAUUUUGUUUGCAGCACAUCGUUUAUAUGUAUAUAGGGUAUAAUAUACCCACAUACUGAAAUAUGUUUUCAGAGCUUGCAGUUUUACUUUCGCGGAGCAUACCACAAAUGACUUAUAGCACAGCAUGGGUUUUCAGCCAUUCAAGGCCUUUUAGGGCCAUUGAACGGCCCUCAAAACUCGCUCUUGAAUUGAGUUUUGAGAUUCGGUCAGCUCAUCAAAAGUUUCAGUGCAGUAAAAAUGAAGUUGUUUGAGUUGUUUGUGAUGUGAAAAUAAUUUUCUCCAUCGGAAACCAAACAAAGUAAGAAAAAACCCGAACAUAUGUACCGCCUGCAAAUCGUUUCACAACGCAAGAAAAACCAUGCUUAACUCAAUUGUACUAAAUAUUAACUCCAAAAUCACAGCAAUUUGGGGCUGUUUCUGAAACUUCACUUCUCUACGGCUCUAUCCCCUCCCCUAGGGGGAAAGCUACGCCAGACCCGCAGCUUUUUGGUAAGCUUACUGUAAGUGGGAGCUUUACUUCCAGAUUUGGUCGAUUGAAGAGUAAAACGUUGGAAAACAUCACUCUUAGGUGCCUAACUUGAUUUUCGAACCUAUGUGAACUGCCCCCCGAAUACUUAUCAUUACCGUUUUGAUGAAAAUGAACCAUUUUUGGCACAGGUCUAGAUUUAGGCAUGUAACUUUCUAACCGUAUAAAUAUAUUCUCUCAGCAUCCAGCUGGAGUUCGGCAGAUUCUAAAAAUAUAUAGGUUCUGUGUAAACGAUUUGAAAACCUGCUAAAUAGUGAUGGUCCAAAUUUUGUGAAUUUUCAUGAUCAACUAUAGCGUGAAGCUCCCCCUUAAUCUUCUCUGCAAAAAUGGAUCCAGCAAAAAAUCCUGGAAAAAACGUUGCAGUGUUUCGUAAACGAAUACAAACGAGUAGUAUAGCUUGUUUAUCUUUGUAGAGAAAUACAGCGCGAGAACGAACACGACUUGGAGAGAGCGUUGUUGCUCAAGAGUUUCGUGAGGCGAUGUUUGCUCACACAUUAUACCAUUGUCCUUCGUUCAUGUUUCAGGAUGAUAAAACCGGGAAAAGGGUUAGUAUUGUAUGUGGAAAUUUCGAGUGUAAGUUUUAUACAUUUAUUUAAGAGGCAAUUUUUUUCAAUGUCACGUAUUUGCCAUGAAAAGUGUUCAAAACCUAAAAUCUUUUUGGUGUUCCUUUCAAAAUUACUUUGUUUUAGCUUUAUUCUCUACAGUUUAUAGAGUUAGCUACCUUUUUAAAUGCAUCUGCCGUUUGAGAAACAUAAAAUAAUAGUCAAACAUUGUCAAUUAAAAUAUAAUUAUCAAUGAUGCUUUAAAAUUAACGCCGUAUUUACAGCUAUAUAAGCCAAACUUACUGAACUUCAGACAUCAUUUUCUCUUUGGCGUACCAUCUAAAAUCUUUUCAUUUCAGUCUUAUUUUACAGAUAAAGCACUAAACAUACUUUUUAAGUUUGUUUGCCGAUUGAGAAACGUGUCGAAAAGUAAAAAUUUUGAAUUUAGUUAUAACCUCAAGUGAUGUAUUAUACACAUUAGUUUUGAGCGCGUGUUACGUAACAUACAAAAAAAUCUCCUCUUAAACCUAUCCAGGAGCCGCUGCGAAAAACGCAACUAUACAGGCCCUCUGGCAGGAAUCGAACAUGUUGCCCUGCGAUUCCGGUGCAGCGCUCUAACCAACCGAGCUACAGAGGCCAAUUGUCGACCUCUAACCGCAAGCUAGAGCACUGCACCGUUGGGCUGCAGGUUCGAUUCCUGCCAGGGCCAGAGGGCCUACCGGUAUAUUGUAAUUGCGCGGCCAUGCUGCAACAGGCAAACAUGAGAACGAAGUUACUUGGGGUAAAAGUGCAAUAAACAGUAAAGUCUAUAAGUGUUUACACUGGCCGUAAGGCCCAAUGUUAAGGUUCCCUAAUUUUCUGUGCGAAAGUGAACCGCUGACCUGCAAGUUGCGAGCUCAAGUCAAAAUGGCCGCCAGGUUAUGAGCGGACUGACUAUAAACAAAAAAUGUUUCUGGUAUAUUACCUGCGUAUUAUUUGAAACCCAUAGCCUGUCUACGGACGUUUUAAAAUCCUUAAACGUUUGUGACUUGGGGCGUUCGGUUUGUUUACUAUAUAUUGUUUGUUUACCCAUCUCUACCCUGGCAUAAAUAUACAUGUAAAUGUUUUUCAAACUGUUCUACGAACUGUUCUACCCUUACACACCAGCACAGUUAACGCCUGAGCAGGCGUCUUGUUUAGUUAUUAAAUGGAAUAUUUACAUCUUCCAGGUCUACUCGGUGACAUGUCGUCAAGCAUCGUCGUCUUCUAAAAUGGUUCUUGUGAAUGGCACACCACUUCGCUAGGUCUGCACCGUUUUGUCAUCAAUAUCUAUGCUCAUGUGAACCAGUGAUGUGAACACGAACAUGUAUAUUAUUAGUUUGGUUUGGUUAUAUGAGUCAUGCAAAAGGAUUUGUAAGUAUUAUCAUUUGUAACAUGGUGUAAAUUGUUUGUAAAUAUACGUUAGUAAAUAUGUUUGGAAAAGAACGUGGAAGACUGUUUUUGAACGAACGCAAAAUGUAAAUUUCAGGAGAAUGUUUUUGCAUCGCACAGCGGCGGACGCUAGGGAGGAGGCGGUAGACUACGGA